UCCCAGCCAGGUAUCCCUACCGAUGGUUACGUUUUACAUGCGAUGUUCACUUCUCUAGCCGCAGUGCCAGUUUAUACAUCGUUUUGUCCAUUCUACGUGCUUUCCUGGAGUGCAAUCUCCGUGACCAAAUACUAUUUUACUGGAAGAACUAUUGUUUCACCGUUCUAACAAAACUUCAUCUUCGAGAUUUGUAGUAUACCAUCGAGUCGAGUAGAAACAAAGUUUGUCUUCUCCAAAAGGUCGUUAUGAAAUAAUUCAGAAAGAUCCAGGAUGAUCCCAUCGGAUUGUACUCUUGAUAUCACCAAUGUGUUUCAUUCCACUGCUGUGGUUAUUGAAGGAAGUUGUUUGAGUAAGUCGGAACCUACUGCUGUAUUGAGAGAUGUGUCCGCCCGAGUUCACGGUGGCGAGGUGUUAGCGAUUUUGGGCUCCAAGGGAUCUGGAAAGAGAGCUUUGCUCGAUGUUAUCGCUGGAAGGGCGGAGGGAGAAACUAGGGGUAGAGUCAGCCUAAAUAACAAUUUAUUAACUCCAGAAUUGUUUAGACGACAUGGUGGAUAUGUUGCACACAGGUGUCAUCUAUUACCUAGUCUAACAGUUCGACAGACACUGACCUAUGCCACAUGGCUUGCCAAUUUAAACAACAGGGAAGCCAGAGUUCGACAAACUUUAGCCGAUCUGGCUUUGUCUCAAGUUGCAAAUAGAUCGGUAAAUGAUCUGACGAAGCCAGAAUACAGAAGAUUAAUGUUGGGCGUACAAUUGGCCAAAGAUCCUACGUUGUUACUUCUGGACGAGCCCACAUGGGAUACUGAUCCCUUAAACACGUAUUUAAUUGUGUCUAUGCUCUGGUCUUACGCAACCAGAAGAGGAUCUAUCGUUGUUCUAACGAUGGAAACUCCUAGAUCGGAUGUGCUACCUUUCGUGAGUCGCGUGACUCUCUUAUGUUUGGGAGCAGUUGUCUAUUCGGGGCCAACUAGAAGUAUGUUGGACUAUUUCACUUAUAUCGGUUUCCCAUGUCCUGAACUCGAAAAUCCUUUGAUGUAUUACUUGUGUUUAUCAACUGUCGAUCGUCGCUCAAGAGAUCGUUUCUUAGAAUCUAACCAGCAGAUAUCCGUUCUGGUUGAAAAGUUCAAAGCCGAGGGUGUUAUUUACAUGAAAGAGGCGCCCCAAGUGCCACCCAAUAUUAAAGAUACAUCUUUAGGAAUAAUGCAUAAAGGUUUAGGGCGUGGAAUUAAACCAGGAUGUUUCUCCACUUUGUUUGCCCUUUAUUUAAGAAGUCUGGCAACGACAUUUGCCUUCAAUAAAUCUGGCUUAGGACACUUUGCUGCUAGACUAUUAUUGUUACCAUUCUCAAUAGCUUUAAUGAGUAUUUUGUAUUCGCAUUCGACUCCUGUGCAAUCCAGAAUAUUUCUACAAACAAGUGGUCUUGUCUUCAAUGUAGUAACUCUGUUCUAUGUUGCUGGAAUAGCAUGCACAGCUCUCCUCUUUCCAGGAUAUAGGGCUAGAUACUAUCAAGAAAAAAGAGAAGGUCUAUAUGGUGGAGCUAUGUUCUUGACCGCAUAUGCAUUACUAAGCUUGCCAUUAAGUUUUGUGUCUACCAUGAUCACCAUUGGUAUCCUGACACCUAUUUUAGAGUUAGAUUUGUCUACCUGGGCUUAUGCCUGUGGUGUUUUAUGGGCCAGUUAUGUGGCAGCAGAACAAAUAACUGUUGCAGUGUUCAUGGUGGUUGGUAGACCCAUUACAGGUGCAAUAAUGGUGUUAUACAUGACACUGGUGUCUCUGGUAAUUGCAUCUGGAGCCAUCAGAAGUCUGAAAGGCUUGCCUUAUUGGCUUGCUGCAGUCUCCACUGCAUUACCUGCUAGGUACGCAUCAUUGGCUCUAAAUCAAUUAGCCAUUGAUGUGCCUACAUUUUUAAAUUUGCAUUAUAAUGAAAGCUUCACGUGUCCUGGGAUACCAGAGCUGUGCAGAUAUCCAGAUGGGAGAUCGUAUUUAAUAGAACGCUUCACCCGUGAAGGCGAAAAUAUUUCAGAAGUAUUGAAUGUUGACUUAAACUUAUUAAUUUCUCUGGCUUUUGCUGUUGGACUGAGUAUAUUAAACAGUGUUCUGUAUUUAUUACCACUUCCAGCGAAAGUAAAAGCCAAAUUUAGAGAGUAAUUUCUUUAAUUGUAGGUCUUUGACCGAUAGAAAUAUAAAAGCAGAGCUUGUUCUCUUUUUGGAAUUUAUUAUUUCCUUAGCCUUAGAAUAUAUAUUACAAAAUUACAUUACCCGCGUUGAAAACUAAAUACUAUAUUGCAUGAAACAGCGCACUUAUAUUACAUUUAUAACUAAACUUUACAGUUCUUAGAGAUAAAGGUAUGACUUUGUAAUUUUACAAUUAGAAAAUAAGAAUUUUAAGUAUUA